AUGAAGCAGAGUUCGAACGUGCCCGCCUUCCUCAGCAAGCUGUGGACGCUGGUGGAGGAGGCCCACACCAACGAGUUCAUCACCUGGAGCCAGAAUGGUCAAAGUUUUCUGGUUUUGGAUGAACAAAGGUUUGCAAAAGAAAUACUUCCCAAAUACUUCAAGCACAAUAACAUGGCAAGCUUUGUGAGGCAACUGAAUAUGUAUGGUUUCCGUAAAGUAGUACAUAUUGACUCUGGAAUUGUGAAGCAGGAACGAGAUGGUCCUGUUGAAUUUCAGCAUCCUUACUUCAAACAAGGCCAGGAUGACUUGCUGGAGAACAUUAAAAGGAAGGUUUCAUCUUCAAAACCAGAAGAAAGUAAAAUUCGUCAGGAAGAUUUAACAAAAAUUAUUAGUAGUGCUCAGAAGGUUCAAAUAAAACAAGAGACUAUUGAGUCCAGGCUUUCUGAGUUAAAAAGUGAGAAUGAGUCCCUUUGGAAGGAGGUGUCAGAAUUACGAGCAAAACAUGCACAACAGCAACAAGUUAUUCGAAAGAUUGUCCAGUUUAUUGUUACAUUGGUUCAGAAUAACCAGCUUGUGAGUUUAAAACGUAAAAGGCCUUUACUUCUGAACACUAAUGGAGCCCAAAAGAAGAAUCUGUUUCAGCACAUAGUUAAAGAACCAGCUGAUAAUCACCAUCAUAAAGUUCCACACAGUAGGACUGAAGGUUUAAAACCAAGGGAGCGGAUUUCAGAUGACAUCAUUAUUUAUGAUGUUACUGAUGAUAAUGCAGAUGAAGAAAAUAUCCCAGUUAUUCCAGAAACUAAUGAAGAUAUUAUAUCUGAUCCCUCCAACUGUAGCCAGUACCCUGAUAUUGUCAUUGUUGAAGAUGACAAUGAAGAUGAAUAUGCACCAGUCAUUCAGAGUGGAGAUCAGAAUGAGCCAGCCAGAGAAUCCCUAAGUUCAGGCAGUGAUGGCACUAGUCCUCUCAUGUCUAGUGCCAUCCAGCUAAAUGGCUCUUCCAGUCUGACUGCAGAUGAUCCUGUUACCAUGAUGGAUUCCAUUUUAAAUGAUAACAUCAAUCUUUUGGGAAAGGUUGAGCUGUUGGAUUAUCUUGACAGUAUUGAUUGCAGUUUAGAGGACUUUCAAGCCAUGCUGUCUGGAAGACAGUUUAGCAUAGACCCAGAUCUCCUGGUUGAUCUUUUCACUAGUUCUGUGCAGAUGAAUCCCACAGAUUACAUCAAUAAUACAAAAUCGGAGAAUAAAGGAUUAGAAACUACCAAGGGCAAUGUAGUUCAGCCAGUUUCAGACGAGGGAAGAAAAUCUAAACCCAAAACAGAUAAACAGCUUAUCCAGUACACUGCCUUUCCACUUCUUGCAUUCCUUGAUGGGAACCCUGCUUCUGCUGUUGAACAGGGGAGCACAGCAUCCUCAGAAGUUCUGUCCUCUGUAGAUAAGCCCAUAGAAGUUGAUGAGCUUCUGAAUAGCAGCCUGGACCCAGAACCGACCCAAAGUAAGCUUGUUCGCCUGGAGCCGUUGACUGAAGCCGAAGCUAGUGAAGCCACACUGUUCUAUUUAUGUGAACUGGCUCCUGCGCCUCUGGAUAGUGAAAUGCCACUUUUAGAUAGCUAA